AUGCUGCCUCGAUCAUGUCAUCGGUCAUGGCUGGUUGUAGCAUUGUUUGCACUGGCGUGGGCAGAGCGCAGAACAGUCCCCAGCCAGCUACGUGUUGGGACGUUCCUGUCCGGGCUACGACCACAUCCGCUCACCGGUGAAGACUUCCGCCCGACCGCAACCCGGGAGUUUGUCGACCUCAUGAAGCACAGCACACCCUUUGUUGACGGUUUGGAAAACGGCAUUGUCGGCGACAACACCAGCUGGGUCCACUACAACUGGCCUGAGGGCUUCGAAGUCGAGUUCCGACGCGACGGCUACCCUCAUGCCCUGCCGAACUUCACCAUGUUCGGAUCUUUAAGGCAGAGCUCUGUCAAAGCCACCAUCGGCCUCGGCGGUGCCUUCGUGGAGGAUGGCGAGUACGUUGCCACGUGGCAAGGCAUCGGAAACAUCUCGUGGGAAGGAGAUGCUGAGUUUCUGCGCAUGGAGGACGCCAACACUGCCAGAGUCCUGGUCCGACCAAAGAGUGGUGUAAUUGUGCGAGUUUUCCAGACGGAAGAAGCCGAUCCACUUCAUGGAAUCUCCUUGACCCCGGUUGAAUAUCAGCACAACGCGACUGAGCAGCUUUUUCAUCCUCGCUUUCUGCAGAUGUUGAAUGGCACCACCGUACUACGGUUUGCCAGUUGGCAGAUGAUCGAUGCUUGGAAUCACGAUGGUUCUCUAACUCGCAGCUGGGAGAAUCGAACGCUUCCAACAGAUCAAACGCAAGCAGGUCCAUUCGGAGUUUGCGUGGAGUACAUGGUGGAAUUGGCCAACAGACUUGGCGCGCGCCCAUGGUUCUCGAUGCCAAAGGCUGUGGAGACUGAGCCUGAUAGCAUCGAUUCAUAUGCCCGAGAGUUUGCGCUGCUGGUAAAUCGGAGCUUGAAUGACCAGCUGAAGGUCUAUGUGGAGUACAGAUCUUGUUGCCUCAAUGGCUUAGCGCCGGGGUGGAACUCACAGGAAAACGCGGUACAAUCGCUGACUCUAUGGAAAAGCUGGGAGCAGGCAGGCUUUGACCCAGAGCGAGUCAUCAACGUCAUCUCUUCGCUUCAGCAGCUGGACAAGUUUGGUACCGAUGUGACAUCGGUUGAAGCUGCUGCAAUUGAAGCUUCGUUUUCAGACAUCUGCAAGUACGGGGAGACACCCUGUACUGACUUCAACUCAAUGGAGGCCAGCGGCGCUUAUGGCGCCCUGACCCCUGCUGAACUUAUCGAUGCUGUUAUUCGGCCCGCAAUGCUCAAGGAGGAAGCUGAGAUCAACCGUCGAGUUCAACAAGCUCUACAUUAUGGCUUCGAGAUCAUUGCAUUCAAUGCGCUACCCUUGAUAUCAGCCCGUGGCUAUGGGCACCGCGGAAAUCUCAACUGGGCCCUGAGAUGCGAGAGCUGCUUGAUGAAAACGCUGGGACGGCGCUAUGGCCGCGGGGAGCAAGCGCAGCUGGCAGACGCUGGCUGGGUGUUUGAGGCGGACUUUGUGGCUUACAAAGGCUACCAGGGACUUCUGGAGGAGGACAGGGCCCACGACAGCAAUGGCGCAUAUUGGCUGCAUGGUGCACCCGAGCAGGCAAAAGCACACUGCUUGAACAUGUCCAACUCUGGCAUUUGUGAUGGUUUCAUCUACAUUAGAAGCGGCGAAUGGAGCUGUGGAGUCGGGAAUGACUAUCGCUACGGCGAUUGCUCAACUCCAGGCACUGCUUAUUUCUUCAAGCGGAAUCGGCUUGGGGAAGGUUCUCGUGUGCCUCCGACAGAAUGCUCUGCAUUUACUGCUCAUGACGAUCCAUACGACCGCUGUGGCUCCCCACGAAUUGACAGCUACUUCAAAGUGGAUGCCCAGAUUCCAGGUGGGUUUGCCGAUGCUGCUGCCGCAGAUCUUGGAGCCCGUGAUGAGUGCCAGACUUCGUGCGAUCAUGCCUAUGAGUCCGAGCACUGGGACCCGCCUGCUGCAGGCCUCACCUUAGAUGAGCUUCGGGCAUUACUGCCUGGCAUCAUCGCAGCCGCCGCUGCUGAGCAGAGCCUGGAGAACAACAUGAUCGCUGCUUUCCGAGAGCCGGCAAUGGAAGAUUUGAUGCUCGAGUACCUAGAGCGCUUACGUCAGAUGGGCUUCUCCACGGUCGUCGGGGGCCAGAUGGUGCGAGAAGCCAGGAGCUGUUGGUCAGGAGGAAAAGCUUGCGGACAAGCAUCCGUCAUGCUUCACUGGGACGAUGACAGCCCCAUUCGACGCGCUUUCUCGGGCUACGUGCAGGGACGGAGAGCGGCUCUACCCAUUCCUGCGGAUGCACCCACGCCAUGUCCGCAGAAGUGCAUCCAUGGCAUCUGCGAGCAGGGCAGUUGCAAGUGUUGGAAAGGAGCGAGUGGUGCCGACUGUUCUCGGCUCGCACCCCUAGCAUGCCAUCGUGGUCGCAAGCUGGGCUUAUCACUUUCAGGCGUGAGCUAUUGGACGAGGGAAUGGCAGUUUGUCGACGUCUUCAAAAAUGUGGGCCAAUGGCAGGCGCAGGAGUUCACGUCCUACACCUGGAAUACAGGCAGCAAUUUAUCUUUCCGGGCUGAUGGAUAUCCUGCACGGCUCCUUAUCAACCAGGUCGCGCAACUGUUGACAGUGCGCGAUGUCGAGAAGCACUACACGGAUGGCUGGUAUACUGUCCUUUACGACGGUGAGGGCAUCCUAGAGUUUAACAUGGACGUGACAUCAGUCCAUCGUGUAUCCCGAAAUCGGAUUCGAAUCUAUGUGAAUUUGACGACCUCUAUGAACAAUGGCAUUGGCAUACGAGUGUCAGAUACACGUGAAGAUGACCCCGUCAGGAACAUUCGAGUCAUCACGCCUGGCUUCGAAGAGAUAUACGACACCUCUCCAUUCCACCCUGCCUUCCUUGCCAGCCUGGAAGGCUUCUCCGUUCUGAGGUUCAUGGACUGGAUGCAUGCCAACAGCGACAAGACACCUUUUGAAUGGGUCGAGCGUGUGACACCAAACUACUACACGCAGGGCUCCGAUCCGGGGGUAAGCUUGGAGUACAUGGUGCGCCUGUCGAACGAAGAGCACCUCCGGCCGGAUCUGGGUGUCUAUAUCGAGCUCGGCAACGAAGCCUGGCACCCCGGUUUUUUUGGAGGGCAAUGGGCACAGCAGCAAGGAGCUGCGGAAGGACUGUCCCGACUCUGUUGGUAUGCGAAGCGAUCGGGCGAGAUGGCCAGAAUUGCCAAAGCGGUGAUAAAUGGCACAGGGCGGGAACUGACGGUUGUUGCAGGGAGCCAGUCUUCAAACUAUGACGCAACGGCUCAGCUCCUGCAGUGCGAAGGCAUCAACGAGACAGAUGCCAUCGGCCUGGGUCCGUAUUUCAAUGGGUACAACAUUCUCCCAGAUCCAGAUGCUGAUCUAGAUCUAGUGUUGGAGACCUACGAGAAUGAAGUCAGCACUUCAUUGGAGCGAGUGCGCGAGCACAAGGCGGUACUGCGAGGAACCCACUUCAAGCUGUUGGCCUACGAGGCGGGUCCAGCCGGGGAAGGCGAUGGCAGUGCCGACGACCUGGCGAUUCAGGCACACCGAAACUCGAAGAUGAAGGAUAUCCUAGCCAAAUACCUGCAGGCACUCGACCAAGAGUUUGACUUGAUGGUUUACUUUGCGAGCUGCGGCAGGCCAUCCAGGUAUGGCUCCUGGGGGAUGAUCGAAGCAAUGGAUCAGCCAAGAGAAGCUGCUGUGAAGUAUCAAGCCGUGCAGAACUUCCUGGCGAAUCGAACGCAGCCGCUCCCUUCGUCGUGCCAGUACGAGGAGCCGGACUGUGCAGGUGCUGAUGGCUGCUCAGGCAAAGGCCUUUGUGGGGCAGACGAUGGCUCUGUGAAGUGUCCGAAAUCAUCGGCAAUGCUAGAAGCUGGCACUGCAACUGCCGUGAAGAGUACAGUGGCGGCAAGUGUUCCAGAUUCCAGUGCUCCAACGGCUGCAAUCAGAGAGGCCACUGCAUUGCCAGCGGUGUUUGCAGCUGUUUUCGUGGAUUUCGCGGCAGUGAGUGUGAAAUCGACUGCGGAUGCGGGCAUCACGGUCAGUGCGAUGCCAACAAUGAGUGCAUCUGUGACCAGGGGUGGCGAAAGUCCACUACGGCUGGCUGCGAGUGGGAUUGUGCUACCGCUGACACACUCGGCUGCAGUGGCCCAGGCCAGAGCGCUUGUGCGUCGGGCGGCGUUUGGCAUCAACGUCGCCACAACGCCUUCCACCUUCGUAGACGUCAUGAAGACUUCUCGCGGAUGGACCAGCAUUUGGGACAGGGAUACGCAGCCAGGGCAAUUCUCGUAUCAGGGUGGAAGCCUCAUGUGGACGAGCCGACAGUACGAGUGGGGCAAUGGCUUGAAGAUCAGCCAAAACUCAGAGGGCUACGUGACAUCGCUCUUAGAGGACCAAGCGGUCAUCACUCUAGCCUUGCGCGAUGUUUGCCUACAUGCUCCUAAAGGGCGAUACGUUAUCACUUACGAUGGAGAUGGUGAGCUGGAUCUUGGCAUGGAUGCAACACCAGCUGCUUUCCAAAAAGGCCGCAUCGACGUGGAUUUCGAACCAACCUGCCGUCGUGAGUGCUGGUUUGACAAAGCUGGCUGGUUAGCCUAUUGCACCGACAACGGCAUCGCAAUUACGGUUCGUCGCGUCAAUCCGCAGAAUCCGCUGCGAAACAUCCGAAUCAUUAUGCCAGGUUUCUUCGCGACCCACGAGCAAGAGCCCUUCCAUCCCUGGUUCUUGAAAAACCUGGAGAGAUUCUCAACCAUUCGCUUGAUGGACUGGGCGCACAUCAACUCGGAGUCUUUCAUCAAGCGUGCGCCGUUCACUGCACGGUAUGUUCGCUUUACAUCGACAGCAACGCACGGGGGAAGCCUACCGAGGAUCUCGGAAUUGCUGUUGACAGGGCCUGAUGGGGAGCUGCUGAGUUGCACAUCGGAAUACCCUCAGCUCUGUGACGGCGAUCCAAACACAGAUUGGGCUCCACUUCCCGAAGAUGGGGGCAACGAUGGGGAACUAAGCGGCGUGAUCGAACUUCCAGAAG